UGCAUAGAGAGAGAGAGAGAGAGAGAGAGAGAGAGAGAGAGAGAGAUGGUUGGGGAGAAUAACAGAGAGGGAUACUGCGUGAAGGAGAAGAAGAGAUGCGUGGAGUGGGUGGAGAAGUACUUCGGGGACUGCCUGUGUACCCUAAACGACGACGUUUCCUUCUCCCUCGGCAUCGUCAGCCUCGUCUGCUGGGCUGUCGCCGAGAUCCCUCAGAUCUUCACCAACUUCCGUACCAAAUCCAGCCAUGGCGUCUCCCUCUCCUUCCUCCUCGCCUGGGUCGCCGGUGAUAUAUUCAAUCUCAUCGGUUGUCUUCUUGAGCCAGCAACUUUGCCAACUCAGUUCUACACCGCUCUUCUUUACACGGUGAGCACUGUGGUGUUGGUCCUACAAAGCAUUUACUACGACCACAUCUACCGACUUUGCAAACGCAGACGCACCAAAGUCCUGCCAAAGGACGUCGGAGAUGAUGAGGAUAAGCCAUUGAAGCCGCAAAAUACGACUGACGCCGGCAUUCCCAUACCAAGAGGAUCUCACAAGGCCUCUCCUCGCACAGAAUACUAUUUCACAUCGGCGAGAUCGUUGGCCGGAAGUGGAACGCCGCCGUUCAGAUCGUCGUACUUUCGGGCGGCGAAAAGUGGCCCUUCGGCUAUGGCGAUAGACAGUGGUUCAUCUUCGGAUGACGAAGAAGACACGGCUAGGAACACCAUUAACGUUGUCACUACAAAGUCCAUUACGCAGCCCCGACCAAUCCCUAGACCGGCUGGUUAUGGAACAUUCUUGGCAGCCUCGGUUAACCUUCCGUUUCAGGCCAAGGGUUUGAUGGAUGCUUACACGACCACCUCGGCCAGACGGCUACUGCAAGAAAGGGUAAUGGAGCAUAGUGUGGUAGGACAGUGUUUGGGAUGGUUGAUGGCUGCUAUUUACAUGGGCGGCCGUAUCCCUCAGAUUUGGCUUAACAUCAAACGAGGAAGCGUCGAGGGAUUGAAUCCACUCAUGUUCGUAUUCGCUCUGAUCGCAAAUGUCACAUACGUGGGCAGUAUUCUUGUCAGAACAACAAAGUGGGACAGCAUAAAAGCCAAUCUCCCAUGGUUGCUGGAUGCGGUUGUCUGCGUGGCACUUGAUCUAUUCAUAAUAUUGCAGUACAUUUACUACAGGCACUUGAGGAAGAAGGACCAGAGACUCGACCAAGACAACUAUGGUGACUAUGUGGAAGCAAGCAAAGAACCUCUGUCUUGAAUCUAUCUAUAUAUGUAUAUAUAUAUAUAUAUAUAAUAUUAUCUUCAAAAUUUUGCGCAAACUACCAAAUCCUGAGAGCAUUUGCUAAUGAAAUCUCUGUAUUAUGCGUAAUUAGAGAUGGUUUAUUCGGAUUUCGGUUCAAUUAUAUUCGGAUUCGAUCA